ACGAUCUAAUGAAUAUUCAUCGGCGAGACUGACGUCAUUUUACGAGUCUCCUUUCAAACUUGGAUCAUAAGUGCCUACCCUAAAAUUUAGAGUAAAUCCGCGGCCAUUUUGUGUGAGGGAAAAUCCUACAAUUUGACUGUAAAUUCAUCUCUUUUACGAAUUAAUGAGGAAAAAACGAGAGCGGUAUACCUAGUUAAAUGAUUUUAUAUAUAUCAAUGAUUCGAGCGGUGGAGAAAAAAUAAGGAUCCAGUGGAAUCUCAGCUGGUUCAAGACGUUAUAAUUUUAAUCAUACCAAAGGAACAAUAAAGAGCUGAGCCUAUGAUUUGAAGGAGGCUGUUUGCAGAUCUAUGGGAGUCGGAUGAACAGUGCACACAAUUACUGGUCACGAUGAGCAUUAGCAGCGAUGAAGUCAACUUUCUUGUGUAUAGAUAUCUCCAGGAGUCAGGUUUUUCACAUUCUGCAUUCACGUUUGGUAUAGAGAGUCAUAUUAGCCAAUCCAACAUAAAUGGGGCCUUAGUCCCGCCCGCAGCACUUAUCUCAAUCAUACAGAAAGGCUUGCAAUAUGUAGAGGCAGAAGUCAGUAUAAAUGAGGAUGGUACAGUUGUAGACAGUAGAGCGUUAGAUUCGCUGUCCCUCAUCGAUGCAGUCAUGCCUGAUGUCAUCUCCUCAAGGAAGUCAGAACUCAGACAGGUAGCAGCGAACGGUCAGAACAAUUGUAAAGUAGAGGGAACAAAUGGGGAUGACCCACCUGUUACGUUAAUUCAAUCGAAUCACUCAGAAGCUAUGGAAAUCGAUGGUGGCAUCGAGAUUCCGCCAAGUAAAGCAACCGUUCUUAGAGGCCAUGAAUCAGAAGUCUUCAGUUGUGCGUGGAAUCCAUGUAGAGAUCUCCUUGCAUCAGGGUCUGGUGACUCAACUGCAAGGAUAUGGAACCUAAACGAAGGUCAGAAUUCAUCACAACAUCAGCUUGUUCUCAGGCAUUGUAUCAGAGAAGGUGGCCAAGAUGUCCCAAGUAACAAAGAUGUCACCUCGUUAGACUGGAAUUGUGAUGGUAGUUUAUUAGCGACAGGCUCCUACGACGGCUAUGCAAGAAUCUGGUCAACGGAAGGUCGGCUGGUCAGCACGUUAGGCCAGCACAAGGGCCCCAUCUUUGCGCUGAAAUGGAACAAAGAGGGCAACUACAUUCUCAGUGCGGGGGUGGACAAGACGACCAUCAUAUGGGAUGCACAGACGGGGGAAUGCAAGCAACAGUUUCCUUUCCAUGUUGCACCGGCAUUAGACGUUGACUGGCAAACCAACACAAGCUUUGCAUCUUGUUCCACAGACCAGAGUAUACAUGUGUGUAAACUGCGCAGUGAUAAACCAAUCAAGACAUUCCAAGGCCAUUCUAAUGAGGUGAACGCUAUAAAGUGGGAUCCAUCAGGUCAGAUGUUAGCUUCCUGUUCAGAUGAUAUGACACUCAAGAUCUGGUCCAUGAAUCAAGAUACGUGUGUACACGACCUCCAAGCGCAUAGCAAAGAGAUUUAUACUAUCAAAUGGAGCCCUAAAAAUCCCAAUACACCUCUUAUGUUAGCAAGUGCAUCAUUUGACUCGACGGUUCGACUAUGGGAUGUCGAGAGGGGUAUCUGUAUCCACACACUGACCAAACACCAAGAGCCUGUCUACAGCGUAGCUUUCAGUCCAUCGGGGAAAUAUCUAGCCAGUGGCUCCUUUGACAAAUGUGUACAUAUAUGGUCGACACAGACUGGGAGUCUUGUGCAUAGUUAUAGAGGGACUGGAGGAAUAUUUGAAGUUUGUUGGAACCAUACAGGAGAUAAAGUAGGAGCUAGUGCGUCAGACGGAUCGGUGUUCGUUUUGGACUUAAGAAAAUGAGAAGACGGCAUGUAGAGUAGUCAGGAAUUCCUUUUUCUAUAAUUGUACAGAGAGGAAGAGAGAAAGUGUGUGUGAGAGAGAGAGAGUGAUAGAAUAUGUGUGUUUUAUGCACUGGUAACAGGUAAGAGAUAGAGAGAGCUAGCCGAAGAGAGGUAGGAGGAGAGAGAGAGGUAGAAAAAGAGAUGGAGAGAGAGAGAGAGAGAAGAUCAGAUAACGGACUCAUGGACAACACGUUUGUAGAAGGUUACCAAGAUGACAAUUGAUUAAUGACGAAAAAUACAUGCUGCUCCUUCCGAGAGAAGGACCAAGUGAUGACGAUGAGUUGUGCUAGCCCAGAAAAGACGCAGGUUUGAAUUUAACCGCUCAUGGAGAUGUUUUGAUGGGAAGUGGUUGUACUUGUAUAAUUGGAGAUGUGUAACAACUCUUUCAUUCUCAAUUCAUUCAGCUUAAAUGAGGAUUUCUGGACGAAAAUGUUUACCGGCCACGAUUUGUUGGGAGUGUGGCUCAGGAUGCCUUAUUAUCUUAGUCGUUUCCAAUUCAUACAGUCCUGUGAGUUGAGCUUUUUCUAGAGUUUUUGAUGAAUGUGAUAGGGGUCUUAAUUCUAGGCCAAUGCGAUGUUCAAGUAAGGUAUAGAGCAUGUCAACACCUCUCUCAUUUGUUCUGACAUUCUUGUGAGUUGAGAUUUUUCUAGAGUUUUGACAAGUGUGAAAGGGGUCUUAAUUCUCGGCUAAUAUGAUGUUUGAGUAAGGUUUAGGGCAUGUUAAAACCUAUCUCAUUUGCAAUUCAUACCCUAUGUGGGAUGAGAGGUUUUUGCCCUAGCUAUGAUAAAUGUGAAAGGGGUCUUUUCUGGGCCAGCGUGUCUGUGGAGUAUAGUCAGAAACUUUGUGAAAGUGAUAUGGUGUAGUGGUUGUAACUCUCUAUUCGAUCAGAGGGUCACAAAUCCAAAUCCCACUCCAUACUGUUCAUUUUCAGUCAGCGAGAAUAUUGUCCUCGCUCAACCCUGGUGAGGUACACGGUCACUUUGUAAGUUUUAUUCAUUGAAUGCACAAAGUGUAAAAGUUUCUCAAUAUGAUAAUGAUAGCUUGUUUAAUUUAAUAUGGCACUUUUUGCCCGGGAUACAAAGUGCAGAUUUAUAAUGCAAAGUUGGGGUUAUAACGUCCAGAGUCCAUAAAUCGUGUAGAGACAUCUUGCAUGGGCUCAUGUGCUGUACAAGACUGGUAUGGUAUGAAAAUAAUAACUUCUCACUUUCUCAAUUUAUCCAUUGAUGAAUUCAAUUCAAAUUUUCCAUUAAUUACAGUGAAUGUUAUCCUGGUAUUAAUCAUGUCAGUAUCAAAUUCAUCAUUAUUGGGAUCAUUUUGACCCCAACCCAUUCAUCAUUUUGGGCUGCCAUUAUUUUUGUGAUUGCCAAACACUUUAAAAUGUUUUUUCCUAGAGUCCUGUACAUUCACAAGUACUGCUUUUCCACCCUUUUGUUUUGUAAUGAUUGUAUAUUGGGCAUAACAGGUAACUUGCUUUGUGGGGAAAGGUCAAUUUUCAUUCAAAACAAGCUUCUCCAAUUAUUUUGGAAGAGUGGAGGUAUUAACUCCCCUCCCCUCCACAAUAGUUUAGUGGUAUUUGGUCUACACCCACUUCAUCUAAUUUCUGUUUGGUCUAAUCUCACAUGGUAUAAUCCUACUUCAUCUACACCCAGUUCGCCUACUAACCAUUUGGUCUAAUUGCCGUUUAGCCCAUUGGCCAUUUUGUCUUAAUUCCAGUUGGGCUAUUCCCAUUUUGUCUAAUUAUACACUUGGUCCAAGUCCAUUUAGUCUGUAUGGCUAGAUGAACUAUUAAUGAACCAAAUUUUCAUUUGACAAAGUUCGAAAUAAUAAGCCUGUUCACGGUUGUAAACUGCGCACUAGCAGAAAAAGGUCAUUGGAGAAAACCAUGAAGGUGGCUUUCAAAGUCACUGACAUAGGCAUUUGUGAUUUGAUGAUUAUUCAUGUAUUCUUUUCAAAAUAUUCAUGUUAUCACAUCCAAGCUGAAGAGUAAUAAAUAGAGCCUUCAUAAUCACUGGUAUUUAACAGUAGCCUAAACAAUAGUCAAAUGUGCCAAAGGCAGACAAUAAAACAGAUUUCCAAACUUUAUCCCUGAUGUACUAUUCUAGUCACCUGGUCUAUACAAUGCCUUUUGUUCUUAGAAUUUGAAUACUCUACCGGUAAAGCUUACGCAACAUCUACAUUUGAAAAUGAUAGUGCUUAUCCUAAUGAAAAAUCACAAAGGUCAUUUGAGAAUAGUUGAUCACGAGCUAACCGUGAACUGGCUUAUAAGACGAAAAUUGCAAAUUAUGGUAGAACAGCUGGGAAUUAGACUAAAUGAAAAUUAGCCUAGGUGGGUGUUAGACCAAGUGCAGUAUAGACAAAAAGGCACUUCACCAAAAUUGGCAGGAGAGCAAAUGUGGUAUAAGACUAUCUGAGAAAUAGACAAUCUGUUUGUAGACCAAGUCAUGUCGGCUUUCCGCAAGAAGGAACUUAGGAGUUUCCUUUUAUUAUGCACUUUUUGAUUGAUGAUGUUAUGGCCCGUAUUUGGGUUUAACUUAAACUCAGGUUUCAAGUUGUGGUUUAAGUAUGGAUAGCCAAAUGUUACAGAAAUCACUUACAGUAGAGAUAUCAUAUUUCAGCUCAUUUGGGUCUCAAAUCAUUCAUAAUUGUCUAGGAAGUAUACAAAGAUGGUUGUCUUCACCAUCGAUGAAUCAGGAAAGAGCACAGUAAACAUAAGAAACAUACAACUUGAUAAAAAUUUUGACACUUGUGGCUUCCCAUAAUUUUAGCACAGAGUUAGACCAUGGUCUAAGUUAAACCUGACUUCAGAAUAGGGGCCUAUGAGUUUUACUUGAAAUUUCAAAAUAAUGUUUACAUCAUUGAAAAGCCUAUGAUGUACUCUUUUAAUAUUUGAAAAUUGAAGCAAGUAAAUAAUUGUAAAAAUUAAGCCUAAGUCCCUUCUUGUGGGAAGCUAAAGACAUGUACCUCUACCAAACACUGCUGUAUCUGGUCUUAGAGAACAUUCUCUCACCAUUUUUUUUUUUCAUUUUGUUUGUAAGUUAUUUGAUUUUCAUAGAGUUUCAGUACAUAUGUUUGUCACUUGUUUUAGUAGGUGCAGGUGGGAGGGGGAAGCACAUCCCCCAACCCAUCCCUAUCCCAAAUUGUACAUUGUGCUUCCCUUUUCUGAGAAAUGCCCCCUGUUCAAACUUAUAUUUUUUAAGACUUUAGGGGAAGUUGUGGCAUCCUUUCUAUUUGGAAUGAUAUUUUUUGGUAAAUUUCUUUUCAGUCAUCCUUUUCGGAAAUAAGAAUUGAUUUUAAUUAUUUUUUUACUUGUAAGAAAUGUGCCCCAUCUUUUAUGAAAUCCCCGAUCUGACGCUGCAUUUUAGGAUAUCAUGAAAGUAUGACUUAGGUGCAUAGGACAGUGUGUCCCUUUGCUCUCCUACGGGUGAUCCUUAUCCAUUCAGUUCUACAAUGAAAGUAAUAUUUAUAAUUAAAACUUGGUAAGAAACUAGCUGAAAGAUUUUGAAAUACCCUGUGUAGAUCUCCAAAUCGCCUAUCAUUGCUUGUGAUUAUGCAGUGGUAGCUCAGUAAAAUCUUUCCUUACAAAAACACACACAAAUUAUUAACUCAAUUUCAAGAGGGUAAUUGGAAAAUUGGAAUGACAAUUUCAAUGUUACAAGGCAUUUUUCCUCUUUUUUUUUGGGGGGGGGGGGUGUGGUGGUUUCUUGAACAUGAAUACAACUGUGAUCUGAGAGAAUAUUAAGAGGAAGUGAGAGAAUGAGGAUAGGAUAAAGUUAUUACAUGCUGGACGAUUUAUUGGUAGGCAUACAGACAUUCAGGUUUGGGUCAAGUUUAGUGUGUUGUCCAUGUGUGCCUUGUACUGUAUAGAGUGCGUUGGUUUUCUUUUGUUUGUUAUACGAUCCGUGCACAAUAACUGUUUCGAGAAACACACAUAUUAUCAUCUUUGGUACAUGUAAUGAAAUUUGUACAGAGUAUGUCGUCCCAUCAAUCCCCCUUUUCUGUAAUUAUAGUUGAAUAAAGAAUCAUUUGCAUAAAAAAGGA